AUGGCAUCAUCAUCAUCGAGAGCAGAGAUGGAGAAGAUGGGAAUCGAUCAAUUGAAAGCAUUGAAGGAGCAAGCAGAUCUGGAAGUUAAUCUUCUUCAAGACAGUCUUAACAACAUCCGAACAGCCACCGCCCGACUCGAUUCCGCCUCCGUAGCUCUUAACGAUCUAUCUCUUCGACCUCAAGGUAAGAAGAUGCUUGUACCACUCACUGCUUCUCUCUACGUGCCUGGGACACUUGAUGAAGCUGAUAAGGUUUUAGUUGAUAUUGGCACUGGUUACUUCAUCGAGAAAACAAUGGAUCAAGGAAAAGAUUAUUGCCAGAGGAAGAUUAACUUGCUGAAAUCGAACUUUGACCAACUUUAUGAGGUCGCAGCGAAAAAGAAAAUCGUGGCAGAUGAAGCUGGGAUGGUCUUGCAGGCCAAAGUUAAACAGUUACAAGCUGCAACCACGUCGUGA